AUGACUGUGGCCCUUUCUGAAAAUGACGCAUGCAAAGUUGAUAGAUGGACGCUGGUUAUGAAGAUUGAUGGAAAGGAAGUAUACACACUUCCAACAUUGCUCGUUCACAUUUCAAAUCAAGAAACUGACUAUUUUCUUUCAUAUUGUCAGUGAUCAUCAAGUGUAUGAUAAAAUUUCAAGUACGACCGUUUUCAGGAUUGUAUCAAAUGCAUAAUAACACUGAACACUUAAAGGAACAGUUCCCCGUUACUGCGCAUGCACCAAACUUUGCUUUUUGGACAGGAUGUCGCGAAAUCAAAAGAUGCGAGGAGAGUAAGAGAACCUUGAAAAAUCCGUUUGCAUCGCGCUUGGCCGGGUUCAAUACGACAAUUAAACUUCUCAGGAUUACAGAUCAGUGAUAUAUUGUUCCGCUUCAGUUUCGAUUUGAGCAAAAUCUGGAUUUUAUGGCGUUACUUUUAUUGCCGUUGGCCGGAGGACCAAAAGAUUGGAAGCACUUUGUUGCCGAUUGAAGGCUUAUUUCUUCUGCUAGCUUCCAUACAAGCUCAGAUAAUUGUGAAAGGGAUACGCAGAAAUGAAACAGCAACAAUAGAGACUGUAAGAAAGAAACCAUUGAUACAUGGAUGUGGCUGAGGAGAUCUUGUGGAGGGGAGCUUCGCGAAGCAGAAUGUUUUGCAACGACGCGUUAGUAAACUUUUAAAUGAAUCUCCCUACGGCCGACAAAAUCAAACAAACAGGCGCUACAUGUUUAGAAAAACUAGUGCCCUGAAAUCAUAAUAUAAUUUUUACUAACCUUUGUGAUGAUUCAUAGCGUUGAGAUUGCAUUUUUUUGUCUUUCAACAUUUGAGGCUAGAACGCGAGCAAAUCAGGCAGAUAUUACUGGACUUGGCACAAUUGACCUCUGACACGAGUUUCAAAUUUGAAAAUAUGUUUUUAAAGCGAGCGAAACGAGAUUUUCGGGUCGCGAGGCGGCCCAGCUAGCGAUAAAAUCGCGAUGAGUCUUCGAACCGCGAGCUAAAUAUUUAUAUAAGACGAAAACCUUCUUCGAUCGCGAAAGUCUAAAAUAUUACUUGAGAAUAUAAACAACAAGACGCCGUCAGCGGUGCGGUCCGGAAGGAAAUCUUGUCGAGUCAAUAUGAACAGCUCUAUUGUCUUUUGAAGAAAAACAGAUGAUGCUCGCGCGUGCGCAUAAUCGGGACACUGUCCCUUUAAAAGUGUUUUUAGAGGGUCGAAAUGGGGUUUGAGUCAGCCGUGAAUUAAAGGGGUAGUCUCAUUAGCUAUACAUGCACGGGAAAUCCCUCAGUCUAAAUCGCUCUCCGGCUCUCGUUUAUCUCUAAUUAUUAAACUGAAUCAUUGGAUAAUGGAAUUCUAGAGCUCUGAUUGGCUUAGCCAUGUUCUCCAAAUAUGGUAACUGUAUGUGUCUGCUCAAAAUUAAAAACAUGCCGAAAAUCGGUUGUUUCUACAAAUGAAGUCGCGAAGAAUUCUCGACAUUUUGUGGGCGUUUUUAAUAAAACAAUUAUUCCACUCGUGCUUGUUGGAUAUGAGAUGAUUAUAGGCAACUCAUAUCCAACGCGCACUCGUGGAACAAUUGUUAAUUAGCCGUCAAUCGAGUCAAUUGUCCUCUAAAUAAGAGUAAUUUGCUGUCAGUAAAAGCAAAAUGCAAUAGGCCACUUUCGAUAUAUUAAAAUUCAGCAUGAUAGCGAGUAUUAGAGGAUACAAACAAUGAAAAUGGAUACACAUGAAUAAUCAUUGUUUAUUCAUCUUCUUUGUUUGUGUCUAAGUCUCGCUGACUAUUAGAUCGACUUUCCGUUCUGGUAUUUCUAAAUACACUCGCCUUUACCACUGAUUCUCGUUUUUCAUUUGACAGUUUUGAGUAUAAUUCUUGGUAAUUGAAUGGAAUUAGCCUUAAUUCCAGCGUGAGUAUAAGAAUUUUCCUUACCCGGCGUAAACGUAGGGAGAUUAUGUCGAAGAGUCUGAGUGAUUGUCUCAAGAAAGACUCCCCCUGGUGUUUUGUGCGAUUAAAAGAGGCUAGCUAGGGUCUUGUAACCAUAGCAUAUUGAAUGGAUUAAAAGGAUGAAAUCCAAAGGACUCAUUCACUGCAUAACUAAACACUGCUGCAUUUCUUUUCCACUAGUUUUAUAGUGCAGAAGGAUAUAUUGAAAAAAAAAAAGGUUGUCAUAACUUGUGGAAGCCAAAGAAAAAAUUUCGUAAAGGAGUUUAAUACAAAGUCUUACUAUCAAGCUCCCUUUAAGAUAGCGAAUACGAAAGGGUUAAGGAUGAUAACGUGACUCUUUUCAAUUAUAUUUGUUAUAAAUGAGUGAAAUAUGCCUUAUUUGGUGACUAUUCAUUAAGCCUGCUGAGGCUGAUUACACUGAUUCAGUUUAAUGGUGCAAAAACGAUGAGGAGUUGCUUUUCUCCUUCUUUUUUGUCAAAGCGAACGUUUCACUACAAUUUAUGCCUCCUAUUGAAGUAACGAAGAAUCCUUUAUUAACCUUGACGGAGGGAAGACUUGGUUUGACUCACAGGAGACCCUCCUACUGGAACACAUCAUUCACCAAGAUCUGCCUCGGUUUGAAGAUUGACAACCUGUUCAAAUUUAUUGCAAUCAACAGGGAUGCCAAUUCCCUGUAUUCCUGAGUGAUUACUGAUGGGCAAAACCGCAGCAUUUCAUUGAAUCGUGAAGCGAUUAUACAUCGGGAAAUUACCCUAAACAUCUAUAUUACUUGCUGACCUUUAACAUGCUUUAAGAAGCUUAAAGAAAAUCCAUUAGUGCCAUCAGUCCAUGUCUUAACACACCUUCCAGAUAUGUAAGAAACCGUAAACGAUAAUCGCGGCAGGAUUAGCUCAGUCGGUAAAGCGGUUGACUGCAGAGCGGAAGGUCGCGGGUGCGAUUCCCGGGGCCAGACGAAUACUCAGGGUCUUAAAAUAACUGAGAAAUGUAGGUACUCUCUUUGCACUGCAAGCGGCUAGACCUUGGUCGAGUGGCUCGGAUGACCACGAAAAAUAGUGGUCCCUUCUCCAGUUGGAGGCGUAAAAAUAGUGUCCCCUGUAGACCUUUCUACCGAUACGGCGGCCAUAUUGAAUUUAUUAGAUUUAAGGAGUAUUAUGAGAUGCCCUGGGGCACUCGCUCAGUAUUCAAGCGCGCUUUUCGGCCAAAAAGAGAACUACAAUUUAUAUUUCUCGACAAAAAGGUGAUUAUUAUUACAUCCAAACACGGCACAACGAUCUUUUUUUUCCUAUUACAAUCUUUUUCUAGGAAAACUUGAGAAAAAUUGGCCCGCAAAUCGCGUGUUAUUACUGAUGCGAGUAUAUCGGAUCGUGCUCAUUCCCCAUGGUUAUCCCAUAAUACUCCUUAAAUCUAAUUAAUUCAAUAUGGCCGCCGUAUCGGUAAAAAGGGUCUAUUAGUUAUUUCGAGCUAACUACCUUGAAGUGCAUUUUUUUUAAAUAAAGGAUAGCUAAACAUCAAGUGUUUGGACGAAUUAAAUGCCAUAGUCAAUGUUAUGCUACGCGAUUGUGACCGCGAAUAUUCGAUUUUUAACCAGGGCCAACCUGCUCAUGUAACCAGGCCCUUAUUGAAGAAAACAAGGACUCUGCACCUGCAUCAUGCUUAUCUGUAAAUUUUUUGUCGUUCCUACAUAAUUAGGACGUAAAAUGAUCAAGUUUUAAGCGCUCUAGUUAAGAAAAGGCGAUGAAUUUUAUUGUAUCUGUCGGACGCGGUCCUCUCUCUUGAGCUCUAACUUAACUUCUUCAGACGGCUUGAAAUAAUAGCGGAAAGGUGCGACAGGCGCAAAUUCAGUGUUUUAGCGACCUUUUCAUUGUCGUUACAGUUGUUGUAUCGUGUCAGGGUUCUGAUUUUUAGGUGGUCGCGCAUAGUUCGCGGGAGACUUGCGCGACAACUUGACAGGAAGAAAGCGGACAACUGAUCUGAGGAGGGGUCAUCUGGGGAAAAGUUAGCGAGAGAAUAAAAAGUUAGGAAUUACAGUUUCUACAGCGACUGAGGUUCCCACUGCGUGAGCCGUAGGUGGUCUAUGCGAGGGUAAAAUUCAAAGAUUUCCCGUUAAAAUAGUGACUUUAAAGCCCUUUCUUAAAAUGGAAACAUCAUGUUCUGAGAUAUGAGAUAUAGAUACUUACAUAAGAUAUAGUUUAUUAAAAAAUCGCUUCGCGCCCAAAGGCUAAAUUGUGCAAUUAUUUUCAAUACGAUUACAAAUUUUUAGAAAAAAAACUUCAUUAAAAUAUAGAAUAUAAAAUAUUGUAAAUCUAAUUAAUAAUUUAAAAUAUAACAGAAUUAAACAAUUAUGUGUAUCAAAAUAUUUACAAUUUGUUCAAAAACGGUCUAGAUUCUUAUAGUCUUGUAAAUGUUAAUUCCUUCUUUUACACUGGCUAUUUUUAUGUUUCCUUUAUAAUUAUAAUGACACAUGAAAAAUAAUUCGGCUAUUUUCUUUGUUGUAGUUGAUGAGUUUAUUCAAUGGGCACUUCAAAAGCGAUGGCGCAAUACUAAACUGUUAUAUUCUCUUAACAAGAAAGAAAUCCUUGAAAACGUUGCACGUAAUAAAAAUGAAAAUAUACAUCCCUUAACUUGACAAAAUAUAAAAAAUAAAUGUAUGCGUUUAAACGUGUGUAAAUAAAUAUGCAUGGAUACCUCAUAUAAACUGAUAAUAAGCUGUGGGCCGGUAAGCUUAUUGUUCAAACAAUGAGAGACAAUGGCCAUUGGUAAAUAAUUUGUUUGAAGACCCGGCACUGAGCAGUUUUUUCCGGUUCAAACAAGGGCAACGUCGCGGUGUGCAUAUUCCUAUCAAACUUAUACGAAAGAGUUUUCGCAAUUUUUUGGUUAUGUUCUUUGUUUGUAUCUUAUGGUUUACAAUCACAUUGUUCUGUCCAGUUCAAGGGCAAUUCUGCAGUCCAAGUGGAGGUUAGUUUUGCCAGUCCAGACGUAUCUGAGAGUUCCUCGGAUUAACUGCAUUGACUAAACAGUUUAAAGUUGAGAUUACAGUGGUCUCAAAACCAGCGAUAAAAAAAAACCCUCUAUAAAAAAUGCCAUGAGAUUCACCAGGUUAUGAAAUUUGUUCGUAGGCUUACGCUUGUAAAUCAGUAGAUUAGCGAUUAAGGUGAAGGUUACAGGACUGUUUGCCAAGAUGCAGUCAUAUUUAAAUUAUUUAAUUCUUUGACACAAGAGAAUAUUGAUAUAAAAUGGUUUAGUGAUACUUAAGAAUGUCGAGGAUCCUAUAUUAAACUAUUUUAAAAUGUGCACUUAAAAGUUUGAGGAAAUCCGUGUUACUGAACAAGCAAAGUUAAUUUUGACGAACCUGAUCUACCACUGAGAAUGCGUCACUCAGUAAUUAAAUCUGCGCCUGAACUACCGCUUUUGUUUUAAUAAAAUCGGUCACUAAGAGGAGGAUAUAAAGAAAACAGAAACUUUAAAUAUAAGCUAAUAUAUAUAGUAUUAAAAUACAACCAUUAAUUUAUACAGCAAACUUAUGAACCGAAACUCCAGAGGAUACAUCUACAUCUAACUUUAUUAUGUCACUAAAAUCAUUGUAGAUGUUUGUAUUAGUCAGCUCCUUUUUCUUUUCCACUAUAGUAACGUCGUUCUAAACCUUUUCCAGCGGCACCUUAUUCGGGUUUCAGUAUUGAAUUUGUGCUUAUCACGUGACCACCAUUACCACCACGUAUCUAGUGUUUUCGCUCUCUUGACAAGUCCCAAAUUGACGUUUUCUGCAAUACUUGCUGAUUGGAGCACAGGCGUCCCAAGUUUACGUUACGAGAGUGUUAUGUGAAUUUUCUCACAAGAGAGUCGGUGUCGCGUUACAAGCGACCGUUGAGACUUUGUAUGGAAAAUAAAAUACUGAGGUCUGCAAACGCUGAUAUCAUUUUCUUUUUCUUUUUUUUUUAAAAAAUAAAUAAAGGAGACUUACCUUUGAUAUUUGAUAACAAACUCGGAUCGUGACCUGAGCGUGGGAGGCCUGUGAUUAGAGGCCCCUUUGAGUUUGACGGCACCUGUUGUUUUUAAAAUGAAAAAUACUUUACAAAAUAUGCAUUAAAAAGAAACGUACUGAAAAGGAGCUUCAGCUAAGAACCAUUUAAUACUUGGAGUGACCUAAUAUGAUUAAAAAUAUGAUUUAAAACGAGUCUAGACCAGCAGUGAAAUGUUACUCCGGAAGUUGGGAUGCGGUUGCGGGAAAAAUUAAUGAUAAUAUGUAUACCUUUUAAAGGUAAAUUUCCUGUUUUUUAUCAAGUUGUUCCGUUGCCACUUCCGUCAAGGAAUUUGAUAAGUAGAAUUUUUUUUGCAAUUCGUUGAAAGCUUAAUCUGGUAGUGGAGUUAAUAUAACAAAUCUCUUGUUAUAUACAAGAGGUCUAUUAUUGAAAGUACAGCUAUUUUUCAGCGCUCAUUCUUUUUUGUUUCUCUCAGGCACCUGUCGCCAGCUAGACUUUGACAACACUGUUGAUGGAAAGCGCCUCAAAAAUCACGUGAUUCGUACUGUUGACGUCACCUGUGAGAGAUCCUGCCGGACUUUGUGCUACAUGGAACCAAACUGUGUCAGCUACAACUUCAACAAAGUCACAAGGAAAUGUGAGCUGAAUAAUUCCACUAUAAAAGACAGAGAAGAAAUGUUGGAAACAAAUCCAGAUUACAUAUACCUUGGAGCUAAUGUAAGUUUUUGCUAUUAACUUUACCUUAAUUAACAAUCUCAAAUUCAUGUUAUAUGUUAAUCUAUGAUAAGAUUACUUUCAAAUUAAUCAGUCGUUGUGGAGGCAUUAGGAAUGUCUGUUUUCUUUCCAGAACGCUUGUGAAAAUGAACAGUGCAAAAACAAUGCAACCUGUCAAACAGGUUUUACAGACAGAGGAUACCGCUGUAUAUGCACUUCUGGAUUUGAAGGAAAGUACUGUGAGAUUGGUAAGUUAAAGCUAAUAAGGUGCAGUUUCACCAGAAAUUUCCUAACUGUUCGUUCAAAUCAAGCCAGAAUUUGAGGGCAUUAUAUAAAAUCACUUGCUGACGCACAAAAUGGUCUUCGAAUAAAACUAGAACUCAUAAAUAUAUUUUCCAAUGUGUGGGCAAGCUGUGAUUAAUAGUUUUUGACAAAAUUUCCCACGGCAAAUAACCUGGCAUUGUCGCAGGGAUAUGAAUCGGGGUCUGUUGGAUUUCAAGUAGCUGCAUUAUGUUGCUUUCAUAACCCGCAUGAAAACUUUAGGUUUGCUCGGUAAGUGCGUCUAAUCAGACGAGUUGUCAGUGUUUUUACUUAAUUCAAUUAGAGAGUCUGGAAGUAGCCAGUGUGAAUAGGCUCAUUUGUGUGUAGGGAGACUGCGAAAAGAAGGCGAAAAAGUGGAAGACGACUGGGAAAGGGGAAAGCGGAAUGAAAGGGUAGGGGACGCUUCCUCCUAUCUCUACGCUUCCAAGGAGUCUACCCAAAGGCUACAUUGAAAACACUAGAUGGAGUACCUCCCCUUUUUUUCCAGUUAUUAAUUUGAAGCGCUAUCUUUCUCUUUGCAUUGGCUUGUUUUGUCGCUUCUCUCUAAGAAUGGUAAACGUCCAGGGUGCAACCACUGAGUUAUGGAUGCACGCGGGAGGCAGUGGCUGGUAAUAAGCACAAAAUAAGCUUAAGAGUUGCUCCAGGCGUUGUAGAGAGCAACUCUAACUCGUUGAGUGCAUAGCAAACCUCCCGCGUGCAUCUAAAACUCCGGCGAUCGUUACGUAUACACAACUGCAACGUUUACCAUUUAUUUUAUAACAUAAUUAAAAGAGAAAACAUUUUCAUUUGCGUACGGUUGAGUCAGUCAUCGCACAGUUGCCGUAUGCGGUCACUGCCUGCUUGUAAACAGAUUAUGCCUUUCAAAAACUUGACUUUGAGAUUUUCUUUUGCUGAAUCAGCCGUUUUCAGCAUUUAGGUAGAUUGUAAAACGCCUUAUGUUGUUAUUCUGAAUGACUUCUGUGUACUAUAGGCCUAAACCAAAGGUCGAACUUUUCAUGAGACGAACAAAACUCUACUUUGGGUCGACUUAAAGUACGUUAAUAUUGUCUGUUGAGUAAGACGUCGAACUUAGGACGCGUCGAACCAAUCAACUAAAUCAGACCAAAAAUCAUUUUUAUUUAUUUUACCUUCGACCGAGGCCAAAAUCAGCCACCAUCCACUGUAUUGAUGGUAGAAAGCUUAUACUGAAAAAUCAAAGCGCGCUCUAAUUACUUUUAUUGUGUUAAAAACUCUCAUGAGGUCAAUCUAAUUUGGGUAGCUAUACAAGUCCAGUGGUUUGUGGUGACAUCCUUUGUUUUCUGCGGUGGGUACUGAGUUUGUCUAAAUCAUAAGGUCUCUGGUAACCAUGCAUUUCUCGUCAUAGAGUCUUCACUGAUUAAUGUUUACAGUGGUUAUCAGAUGAACUGAUCAAAAACAGUUGAGAAAUUAUGUUUCAGAUAUAGACGAAUGCGCAAAGAAUACACACAAGUGCGAUACCUAUGCUUACUGCAAUAAUACCAAGGGAGGAUACAACUGCAGUUGUCAUCCGGGAUAUUAUGGAGAUGGAAAGAAUUGCAAACCAGGUGAGUCAGCAGUCUUUUUAUCGAUUUUGAAGAUACUUGGGAGACUUAGAGAGCAAACAGCACAACUAAAUCCUACGAAUCCUACAAAUGCAAGGUACGUCUAUCGUACUAGUAUUUGGGCCUCUAGGUAUAUUCUUUUUACCUACAACGUACCUCUCUUUCGUCUCCAGAAGCGAAAGUUUUAAAACUCAUUGCAAUUCUCCAGAACAAAUUAAGUGUCUUGUUUUGUAUUCCUUCAUACGCAGAAGGUCUUUCUUACUCCUCUUUCGUGCCUUCGAAAUUGAACUUAGUUAUCAGUAAUAUAGAACUGGAGAGAAUCAAGCUUUUGGGCGUUCAAAUAGACCAAAAUUUGAAUUUUACAAUUGAGUCACACAAAUGAAUUCAAGUCAAGUCAACUUUAUUUAGGCAGGGUAGCCCUAUCAGCAAUUGGGCCCUGCGUAAAUUAUGACUACUUGAUAAAAGUUUAAAAAUUAAAAAUUACUUUAAAAUUGUGUACAAGGAUUUUAAAAAGUGCCCAAGAGGGAAAUUACAUAUCAUCAUAAUUUGUUUGAGAUCAAGAAAAACAAGAGAGCUAUCGAAGUUACCUAAGAAUUAUAUUAAUAAGAAACAACUAAUGGCUAAAAUGAACUCUAAGAAAGUUCUUAAAAGUGGAAAGCGACGUAGCUUCUUUUUUUAUGUGGGUACAUUAUUAAAAGGAACCGUACCUGAAAAUCUAAAAGUGUUUUUUCCUAGCAUUAACUUAGGGUUCGGCAGAUGAAUGUCGUUCCUUUGUCUUGUCUUGUAAGUGUGAAUAGUGCGAUUUCUAAUAAAAAAAUCCGAUAAAUAUGGAGGAACUAAUUCAUUUGGAUAUUUAAAAACUAAAAUACAUUUGUGGGAUUUUUUAAGAACCAAGGCCCGUCAAAAAGGUGGCCGGGUCUUAGUCCUAGUCCAUGUAAGCCUGUGGCUUCAGCGCACCUCAUUAUGUAACCUUGUCAGUGAUGAAUUAAGAGUUAUUAUUUUCAUCAUACGAUCAUCACGCAAUCAUCAUCAUCAGUUAUACUUCUUACCACCUGGAUUUCUUAACUCACAUGUGUCUAAAAAAGGUCUUUUUUUAAAAUUUAUAUCUCCCUUAUUUUAUUUUUGUAACACAGUCUCAUCGUGUAAAGAACUUUUCGACAGCAAAAUGUGAGUAAAAGUACAAAGUUUACUUUUUAGACAACUAUUAUAAUCACAAAAUCUGUCGACUUUUUUAUAGCGGGCAUGAGCGGGGGGUCGAGUGCAUGCGCACGGCAUUGUCUCGUUUUGAAAAUGUGGUAUCAAAUAUAACCUAUCGAUUCAGUGAUCGACUCGGAGAAUUCACUCAAAUUAACUGAGGUGAAUGGGACAAUUGCGUGAUGACGUCAUUUUAGUACAAUCACCAGAAUACUUCAGUUUUGUUGUUUUCUUCAAAUUAGGGCUAUUGGUUUUUAAACCAGAGCAGGAAUGACAAAUUUAAAUAAGAAAACAAAAAAUGAAAUGGAUUCUGGUUGUUGCUGUCAUUGUCGUCAUCGUAAAAAUGGUCUAUUGAAAGAUGUCAAAAUUAGGCCUCCACUAACCUAUAUCAUAUGACGCUCAUUUAGGUGUUGUUUCCCUUGCAGAUCAAACGAGAGCAAAGCCUAUCCACUGAUUUUGGGAGAUGAUGUAUUUGACAUUUUUUGCAACAUGGCCGUGGCCCCUGCUGAAAAUGACGCAUGCGGAGUUGGGGGAUGGACGCUGGUUAUGAAGAUCAAUGGAACAAAGGUAUACCUAUUCCAACAUAGCCCAUUCCGUCUUUUAAAUCAAGAAACUGAGGAAACUAAGAAUUUUUUUCUUUCUGUCAGUAAUCGUUACAUUAUGAUGAAAACUCAAACAACACAAUAUUUUAUUGUUUUAUAGCAAGAUAUAUUGUUAUAUGGCUGGAAAUUUUUUCUCAACUGCUUACUUCGACGUCACAUGACAUUUAACGAUGAAACUGUUUCCCGCCAAAAUCUCCGGGCGGGUAACAUUGAAAAGUCUAUGACAUCAAAGGGUAGCAGUGGUUGUUUACCAUUUACAAAAAUUUCCAGGAAAUCCGGUUGGAAAGUAAAUAGAACACGACCUCUUAGGUCUUCCUAACGGAAAAUAUCCUGGAGCAACGGAACAUCUGAAAAGGUGGUCUUGUCUUUCCCGAUGGAAUACUCCAAACAGAAGUUCGUGUUCCAUUUCUUCGAAGCCAUCUUUGGUAUCAGUCUCACGACUUUGCGGCCGUUUUCCGGUAAAAGGAACUGAUUUGUGCAGUGGUAAACGCGAUUCCAGUUCCGGAACAAGAUUUACCAUUUCUGAACUUUGCGAACAUUUACACAAACCGUGAACCGACCUGUUUACCAAUGUAAAUGGUAAACAACCAGUGCACUGUUACCCGCGAAUGUUGACCGCUCUAAUCUCAAAUGUUUCUCGGGAAACGAAAUUAAAUUAUAACACCGUGGGUUGUAGACGGCGCCGCUAGGCUUUGAAAGAGUGUGCUCACACAGGAAGUAGCGUAAUUUGCUUCUAGCAUUGCUCCUAUAUUUCUAAAGUCAUGCCAAUAGUUAAUAUGUUAGUUUUUGCAAAUUAUGCUCAUUUUAGCAAAAAAUGCAGAAAACCAAGACCCCCUUGGAUUCUGGAUUCUCCGCCGUGGAUUCCGGAUUCCAGUUUAAUUGAUUCCACUCACUGUCAGUGGGACUUGGAUUCUGGAUUCAAAACGUUAGUGGGAUUCUGGAUUCCAAGGCCCAGGAUUCCGGAUUCAAUAAUGAAAAUUUCCCAGAUUUGGGAAUCCGGAUUCCCUUGCAUGGGGCGAGUAAAAGAGCCAAGGAGCUUUUAAAAUAAUACACUUCUUUGAAAAUGACAAGUUUGUGCAGUCUGACGAGCCAAGUAGAAAUUGAUUACCUGGAUUAAAAGUAUGAAGUCCAAUUACAGAUAAUUCGGUGCAUCAGCCCAAAUUUUUAUUGGGCUUGUGCGUUUAUGAAUCAAAACUUUUGAAAAACGUUUCCUGUUAAAUGAGUGCUUUAAAUAUUCCCCAUUCUGUUGCCAUCACAGCAAACGUUUCACUACGAUGCCACCCUUUGGGGCAACAACGAAACUUUCAACCUUGAUGGAGGGAAGACUGGGUUCGACUCAGAUGAGACCAAACUUCCCACCUACUGGAACACAUCCUUCUCUAAGAUCUGCCUCGGUAUGAUGAUUGACAGCCAGGCGAAAUUUAUUACAAUCAGCAGGAACGCCAGCUCCCUGUAUUCUGUGAUCGCUGAUGGACAAUACCGCGACACUUCAUUGGGUCGUAACACGUGGAAGUCGCUGAUUGGUUCUGAGGCCUCCUUGCAACACCACUGUAAUCAGGAGGGGUUUAACACCUUUGGCAAUGUGGCUGGUUCUUCCAAAGCAAGAAUCGGCAUCAUUGGAAACAAUGAGGGGGACUGUGGAGGAUGUGACUCAAGAAUCGGGUUUGGUACUGGAGGAAAUUAUGAUAACUUUAACACUUGUGGAAACGAAGCUACGUACCGGAGUGAUAAUGGUGACAAGCACAUCAAGGCCAUGGGUUACAUCUUAGUUCAGUGA